CUUCUUUCUUUCAUCGCUUCCACACCACACCCUAUUCCCAAACAAAAACAACACAUCACGGAGCCACCAACCAUGGCUUCCAAGCUCUGCGACUCAUGCAAAUCCGCCACUGCUACCUUGUACUGCCGCCCUGACGCCGCGUUCCUCUGCGGCGCCUGCGAUUCUAAGGUCCACGCCGCCAACAAGCUCGCGUCGCGCCACCCGCGCGUGGCGCUCUGCGAGGUGUGCGAGCAGGCCCCGGCGCACGUAACCUGCAAGGCUGAUGCCGCCGCGCUCUGCCUUGCCUGCGACCGCGACAUCCACUCCGCCAACCCCCUCGCCAGCCGCCACGAGCGCAUCCCCGUCUCACCGUUCUUCGAGUCCGUACACUCCGUCAAGGCCUCCUCGCCGAUCAACUUCCUAGAUGACCACCGCUUCUUCUCCGACGCCGAUGCUGACGUCAGCACCGAGGAGGCCGAGGCCGCCUCCUGGCUGCUUCCUAAUCCGAAGACAGAUCUAAAUUCCUCUCAGUACUUGUUCUCCGAAACCGAGCCGGUUCCUUACAUAGAUCUGGAUUAUGCUGCCGUGGAUCCUAAGGCGGAGCAGAAAAGCUCCGCCACCGCCGACGGCGUCGUUCCCGUGCAGAGCAACUUCGAGCCAUUCGCCUACGGUUACAAGUACAAUACCACUCUCUCACAGUCUCAGAUGAGCCAGAGUGUAUCGUCGUCGUCGAUGGAGGUUGGAGUCGUGCCGGACGGGAACACAAUGUCGGAGACAUCGAACUGCAGCUACAGCAAGGUGCCUCCGGUGACGGUGACGGUGACGGCGCAGUUCUCGGCGGCGGAUAGGGAGGCGAGAGUGUUGAGGUACAGGGAGAAGAGGAAGAACCGUAAGUUCGAGAAGACGAUUCGUUACGCAUCGAGAAAAGCAUAUGCGGAGGCGAGGCCAAGGAUCAAAGGGAGGUUUGCGAAACGCACUGACCCGGACCCUCUGGCUGGAUACGGCGUCGUUCCGUCGUGUUGAUUUCGCUAUGAUGUUAAUCAUAUAUAUCAUUAUAUGAAUAUGAAUGAUGCUGUUGUUUUUGCUGUAUAUACACUAUGCUCUUUUCUUUUUUGUUUGAAUUAUGCAAUGUAAAGUUGCAAAAACACAUUUGUGAUAGAUUUUGUAGUUUGUUGGAUGUUUUUGGAUGAAUUUUGACAGCUUUUAGGGAACGAUGCUAAUAGCACCUCGUUUUCGGUUAUGACUGCGUUCAGAUCUAGCUUAUGAAAGCCUGGCAAUGUUGAUGUUGGCAUGACGUGAUUAAGAUAUUUUUUAAUCA